AUGACUGCAAAGACCGAUAUUCCAUCCUAUAGCCAGGUAGCCUGUGUUGGCACCGGCCUGUCAGCCGUGGCUCUAGGAGCAACGCUGAAGAGAUGGUACGACCUUGAAGACAUCCGCUUCUUCGAACGACAUCCCACGAGUGGUGGAACCUGGUACAUCAACACAUAUCCAGGAUGCGGCUGCGAUGUGCCUAGCGCAUUGUACAGCUUUUCCUUUGCACUGAACCCGAACUGGACGAAGCUUAUGCCUUCGAAUACCGAGAUCAAAGAGUACGUUGACAACGUGGUUGAUACAUACAAUCUUCGUCGAGCGAUGACCUUUGGCACGGAAGUAGUCCGUAGUGUUUGGCGGGAAGAUGCAAAUCGCUGGAUUCUAUACCUACGCGAACUGGAAACGGGACACCAAUACACACACGAGUGCCAGAUCCUCUUUGCAGCAACAGGACAGCUUGUCGAGCCGCGGCCAUGUGAUAUCCCCGGUGCUUCAGACUUCGGCGGGAGUAUAUUUCAUUCGGCGCGGUGGGAUCAUAGCGUCGAUCUCGAAGGGAAGAAUGUCGUUGUGAUUGGGAAUGGCUGUACUGCUGCACAGAUCGUCCCAGCUCUAGUCAACGAGGGAAAGAUUAAAUCCCUCACACAGAUUGUCCGAACGAAGCACUGGAUAUUCCCAGCCCCAAACUUCUCCUAUCCUCGGCUUCUGCAAUGGAUCUUCCGCUACGUUCCUUUAGCCAUGAAGCUGCACCGAUUUCACAUCUUCGUGAUUGCUGAGAAUGAUUUUCGCUUGUUUCCGAUGACGAAGGGGGCAGCCAGACUUCGAGAGAAGCGGCGCAUGAAAGUAGAGAAAUACAUGCGAGAGGCAGGUCCGAAGAAAUACCAUGAUCUCUUGAUUCCGGACUUUGAUGUAGGAUGCAAGAGACGAAUCUUUGACCCUGGAUACCUUGAAAGCCUACACAGUGACAAAGUCCUCUUAACUGACGCAAAGAUCGGUAGGAUCACUGCACAAGGCCUCGAGACAGACAAAGGCUUCAUUCCGGCGGACGUGAUUGUUCUUGCAACAGGCUUCAGGACUAACAAAUUCAUCCCAUACAUGGAUGUGGUCGGGCGGAACGGUGAGAGUGUAUCACAGCACUGGACUAAGUACGAUGGCCCAGCUGCCUACAACUGCUCGGUUCUGAGUGGCUUUCCCAACUUCUUCAUGCUCCUCGGACCCAAUGCUGCAACCGGACACACAUCAGCGAUGAUGGCUGCUGAGAACUCGAUCAACUACGCUCUCCGUAUUCUGAAACCCGUUCUGAACGGUGACGCCUCAUCAGUCGAACUUAAGCCCAAAGCCGAGCAUGACUACGUUUACUGGGUACAGGACGCAUUGAAUAAGCGCGUCUGGAACGCAGGCUGCGUAUCAUGGUACCUUAAUGACAAGAAAUGGAACUCCAUGUCCUAUCCCUGGACCCAAGGUCACUACUGGUGGAUGAGUCUGUUUCCCACAUGGUCCGAUUGGAAUAUCAAGCUUGCUUACGCUGGAAAUCUGUCAUCCGAACUUGUCAAAAGGUACUUGGCCAGUGUACAAUCCAGCAUGUUAACCAAGUAG